AUGGCUGAGUGUGCCGUGGCUACAGCGAAAGCCAAUGUGAUGCUAUAUGAUUCAAAGGCAAGUACUUGGAUUCCAAGUGGCCCGGGACAUGGGAUAUCUAAAGUUCAGUUGUAUCAUAAUACGUUAACUAACGCCUACCGUGUGGUUGGUUGGAGAUUACAAGAUCGCGAAGUUGUUAUUAACUGUGCCAUUGCACGUGGAUUAAAGUAUCAUCAAGCGCGACCUACCUUUCAUCAAUGGCGUGACAGUAGGCAACAAGUCUAUGGAUUAAAUUUUACGUCAGUUGAAGAAGCUGAUGCAUUUGCUGCUGCUGUAAAAUCUGCUUUGGAGAGUUUAGCAGCAUUGCAUCGUCAGCAGGCUUUACAAGCUCAACAACAACAACAACAGCAACAACUUAAACCUUCCGUUACCUCUUCUGCUGCUGAUAUCUCUACCGUGUCUACUGUUAAUCAAGAUUUAUCUCAGCAUCAAUAUCAACAACCAAAACAACAGAUAUCAAAUCAACAAUCUUUAUCAUCAAAUCAAUUGAUAACUAAUAAUAAUAAUAAUAAUAAUAGCAAUGCUAAUUGCAAUAACAGUCAGUCAUAUUCUAUUCAACCAACUGCAAUAACAGUACAAAAUCGACCAAUUCUAUCUUGUGAUACAGUUGAGUCGACUGAGCAUUAUGGAGAAAAGAAUAAACCGUUACCAACAGUUAAUCAACACUCUGAACAACAAUUAUCAUGUAACUAUGAUGAAACAUUUGUUAAUAAACGUGUAGAUAAUGUCGUUUUAAAUGGUAAUCAGAAUGUCUACCCGGCUGUAACUAAUAUGUGUAAAAAUAAUCCUCCUAGUCAACAAAAUACUGAAACUGCUUGUCUGAAGUCAACAGAGCAAAAUGGUGGUUUUAUUAUGAAUGGUAACACAGAGCAUGGUUUGAAUUCUGAUUCACCGUAUUAUUCAUCUUCCGAUGAUAGUGUGAGAGGUCUUCGUGGUAUACCUAACGGAUCUUGUGGACCUCAUAUGAAUUCAACAAUACCCCAGAAAAUAACAAAUGUUCCCAGUAAUACUGCGAAAGCCGUAAUUGGGAAUUCAGAUGAUAUUACUAGCUCCAGGUCGCUUUCACCAAAUCCUUGUGCUUCAAUCGGUGAUGUUAAGUUAAAUGAUUCAUCUCAGCAGUCAGCUGCUGCCUCUGCUUCUGCUCCACCGCCACCACCACCACCACCUCCUCCCCCUCCUCCACCACCUCUACCACCGGCAUUAACAACUAAUACUGCUGGAUCGAAAACUUUGCGACACACACUAAGCACAACCAAUAAACCAGUGAAUUCACAACCGACUGCAGAUGUUUCAGAUAUUAAUGAUUAUGAUAGUGUCGCUGAACCGGGUAGUUUAGACGCCCAGCUGCGUAUGGCUAGACAACAACGUCUGCGGUCAUCUUCAGUGGCUGCUGGUCCAAGUCCAGAUUCAUCUACUUCCACUGCUCCGCGUACUGCUGGUGUUGACAUGAUGACUGAUCUCCAGCGUGUUUUAGCAGCACGUCGACGAGCUAAAGAAGCUGAAGAGGAAUUGAAUACUAGUGGUGUUAAUACCACCACAGCAGCAAGUACACCAGCAACAACCACAACAACAGUGACUGGUGCUAACAGUAAUAAUAAUAAUUACUGUAAUAAUAAUGGACUUAACGGAGCAGGUGGAGAUCUACCCGCUACUUCACAAUCAUCAAGUAAUAUCACUUCUCCGGUUCGUUCACAUUCUGUAACAACGAAUGCAUUUCAACACCAAAAUUCCUUAUCCAAUAGUCCAUCAAUUGUACCUGGUUAUGCUACACUACGUAAGACUUCCAAUCCAGCUAUAGAUUCUUCAGCAUUGAAUUUCUUGUCUAAUUCUAGUUCAAACCCUAGUAACAGUAAUACAGUGACUCGUGCUGACCUAGAAGGAUUUAAACGUGAACUGAUAUCGGAAUUCCGUCGAGAAGUUCAGCAAUUAAAGAAUGAAGUAAUCGAAGCUCUUCGUGCAGCGUCUAUUCGUAAUUGUUAA